AUGACUCUUCGAGCUUCAGAAGUGGACGCGAUUGUUACUGAGGCCAUUUCGCUGUCGGGAUAUAUCAAGGUCGCACUGGUUAUCCUCAGCAUAUUACUGAUAUUGGCUAUCAUCCGAUUUAGUGCUUUCGGCUUUCGCUGCAUGUUCUUCAAAGCCUGGGACUGGAUACGAGCUAAUGAAAGCAAACCACCUCCUCAGGUAAUCCUACUGAUGCCUACUGGUGAUGGUAAAUACCGUCCUACCACGACUGUAUAUGCUGAUCCGCAAACAAAGAGUGUUAUUGACCGGAUUCAACGGGAAUCGUUUGAGUUGUUCAAUGAAUAUGAGCAGGAACCGAUUCGGAUGAAACCACCGAAACUUGGCGCCAUCAAAAACUCCCGCUAA